UUAACCAGUAACAAUGACUGGCUUUAGCUUUCUUACCACCCUUCUAGAUAUUUCUCAGUUAUAAAACAGUGAUUACCUGACACAGGCAGCUUUAAAUAGCUGUCCAGACUACAUUGUGCAAAGACCAGGAUCCCUGCCAACACCUUCUUGUUACUACACGUACACUGGUUGUUUGCUAUUCUCUUCCACAAACACUGGGGAUAAUGCGAUUAGGGGUUUAAUGUGGAGUGAAUCCUCUUAUAAACGUGUUAUCAGAAACCUUACAGCCAAACCAGUGCCACUUGUUAAAAGACCAGUGUUGAGAAGGAGGCUCAGCACACAGACCUCCACUUCCUGUACACUCACUUUUUCUGAGACAAGAAUGGCAAAGACUCUUUUUCUGGUGACAUCUUUGCUGCUGUUGGGAGAUGUUUCCUUUUUGCAUGCUUCAUUUCCACCCAGCCUUAUUGAGGACAUGGCAAAAAUCGUCAUGGACAACUACUGCUCACCAGAGAAGCUGGUUGGUAUGAAGGAGGACAUUGCGGCAGCUUCAAAUAACACAGAGGUCCUCAGCAUCCCAGACGGCGAAUCACUGGCCAACAUCCUAAGCAGCGGAGUCCAAACCACAGUGAGCGAUCCACGGCUGAAGGUCUCCUAUGAGCCAAACUAUGUUCCCGUGGUUCAUCCAGAAAUGCCUCCCUUGCCCGCUGAGCAGCUUGUUGCUGUUCUCCAGACAUCCAUCAAGCUGGACCUUUUGGAGGGUAACAUUGGCUACAUGAGAAUUGAUCACAUCCUUGGGGAGGAGGUUGCGGACAAGGUUGGGCCGUUGCUUGUAGACCUUGUCUGGAACAAAAUCUUGCCAACUUCAGCUCUGAUCUUUGACUUACGUUACACUAGCAGCGGGGACCUCUCCGGCAUCCCCUACAUAGUCUCUUAUUUCACUGAAGCUGAGCCUGUGAUUCACAUUGACAGCAUUUAUGACCGUCCCUCAAACACCACCACUAAGCUGCUGUCUAUGUCAACGCUGCUAGGGGAGAGAUACAGUGUAAGCAAGCCUCUGAUUAUCCUCACAAGCAAAAACACAAAGGGCAUUGCUGAGGAUGUCGCCUAUUGCCUCCAGAACCUGAAAAGAGCCACCGUUGUUGGGGAGAAGACCGCUGGGGGCUCAGUGAAAAUUGAUAAAUUCAAAGUGGGCGAUACAGACUUUUACGUUACCCUCCCAACCGCAAAGUCCAUCAACCCCAUUACAGGCUCAACCUGGGAGCUCACAGGUGUGAGUCCAGAUGUGGAAGUUGAUGCGGAGGAUGCCCUUGCUACAGCAAUCAGGAUCAUCAACCUCCGAGCUCAAGUUCCGGCCAUCAUUGAGGAAUCGGCCAGCUUGAUUGCCAACAAUUAUGCCUUUGAGAGUAUUGGGGCAGAUGUUGCAGAGAAGCUCAGAGAGCUCCAGGCAAACGGGGAAUUCAGCACGGUUGUUUGUAAAGAAGGUCUGGAGACAAAGCUAUCAGCUGAUCUCCAGACCCUUUCCGGUGACAAGAGCCUGAAGACCACCACCAACACCCCAGCCCUACCACCAAUGGAAUAUUCUCCAGAGAUGUACAUUGAGCUGAUCAAAAUCUCCUUCCACACCGAUGUGUUUGAAAACAACAUCGGCUACCUGCGAUUUGACAUGUUCGGAGACUUCGAAGAAGUCAAGCCCAUUGCCCAGAUAAUCGUGGAGCAUGUCUGGAACAAGGUUGUGAACACAGACGCUAUGAUCGUUGACCUCAGGAAUAACCUUGGGGGACCAACAACAGCCAUUGCGGGUUUCUGCUCCUACUUCUUUGAUGGGGACAAGCAGAUCGUUCUGGACAAGCUCUAUGACCGACCAUCUGGAGUGACCACCGAGUUGCUGACUCUGCCUGAGCUCACUGGUGUGAGGUAUGGCUCCAAGAAAAGCCUCAUCAUCUUGACCAGCAAAGCUACAGCGGGUGCUGCGGAGGAGUUUGUUUACAUCAUGAAAAAGCUAGGCCGGGCUAUGAUAGUUGGGGAGACCACUGCCGGGGCUUCCCACCCACCCAAGGUGUUCCCUGUUGGCGAGACCAACGUGUUCCUCAGCAUCCCCACGGUCCACUCCGACACGUCCACUGGGCCGGCCUGGGAGGGAGUUGGUAUCACACCCCACAUUCCUGCCGCAGCUGACGCUGCCCUUGAGGUGGCCAAGGGCAUCUUCAACAAACACCUUGGAGGCCAGCAGUAAACAAUGUGCAGCGGAGAGCUCUGAUAUCACGUUUGCUUGGAAUUUGAGGCCUGUUUCUGAGAAAAAAAAUUUAGGUUCAGUGUAUUCUGUUAUUAAUCCUCAAAAUACUAAAGCCUUGUUGUUCCUAAUGUAGAGGUUCAGUUGUGCGUAGGGUUAUUUUGGCUAUUUUCUCAAAAUGAAUGGUACUGAAAAACCAUUGUAAUUCUUGUGCAAAAGUGAAUCUUAAUGUACGUAUAAGCAAAUGCAUGCAAUAUGCUUUCCACAUUUGCUAUUCCUUUGUUAUGCUGUAAUUGUGAAGUCAUCUCUGUGCAUGUAAAAUGCUGUUUGUCCUGAAGGCAGUCAAUUUUACUUCACGUGGACCCACUUGGGUUGUAUCAAUUCCAGGGGUGAGACUCAAUAAAACAAAAUGUUCAUAA